AUACGAUACCGCGGUAUGGACGUGUAGAUUGCUUUCUUUCCGUCGCAAAAAUCGAGACUGUGGGAAUACCCACUGUGUAUACUCAGGAGUGACCACUACAUGAUAUGCCCAUUUUUGUUUUGGCUACUUCGAUCCAACGUGGAAAACAACACCAGUUGCUGCAACCUAGCAUCGGUGUUGGCGGUUUUUCUUUCGCAUCGUAGAUCUGUUGCGCUUGCGACGGUUUGUAAUUUAAUUGAAUUUAGGCGAAUGAAUGAAGAGUUUGAUACACGCAGUGUGCGACUAGAGAUGAUGACUGCCUGGAAAUAGCACAAAUCUUUUCAGUGUUAUGAGUUUGACUGUGAGUCGCGUAGACACUUCGCCGUCAGUACACGCGAAAACUGCCUAGUAUCUACGGUGUUUAUCAAAGUUUCCUUCUUUUGUUUGUGUUUAGUGCAUUCACUUUUGACUUCUCGCACAAUGAGGAAAAUGAUUUAUUUGUUAUUGUCGUAACAGUGGCAACGAGAAGUGCAUUAAAAGCCAAACAGUGGUAUUCGAGUGCAGGUUGUCUUACUAACAGCCAAUGAGAUAUUAGCGAUGAUGAGUGUGAAAUCACUUCACUCCCAGUUGUUGUGAUUAAACGAAGUAAUGCUGACCGCUGCUUGAGGAGUGACUAAUGCAUAGUGUGUAGAACGAAUUCAGAUAACAGCCAACAAAAGAGUGUCCAUAGAUGAUUCGUCACUGCUAUUACUGAUAAAACAGCAAUGAAGUGAUAAACUUUGAAACCUUUCUUUACAGCUAUUUGCUAUGUGAAAAGGAAUGUAGGUUAUAGCGCUUGAAACCUAAUUUUCGAUUCGGUAUUGUCAAAGUGAAGCAAAACUCUAGCGGGUAGAGGAUAGAUUAUUGCCUUUUCAUCGAUCCCCGAUGGGAGGUUUAACCACUGGGAAAAUGCCCCGAGGUGUCAACAAAGAAGAGUGAAGGACAUCGACUCCAGAGCGUAGCACGCGACCAGGCCGCCAAAGGGACACAACCACUGGUAUUUUAUUGUUAUGGCCUAAGAGAGAAGCAGAUAUUCAACAUUUCCAUAAAGUGGCCUACACAACAAAGUAUAACAAUAAUCGUCAACCGUCGAAGCUAUGAGUGCUGCCAGUAUACUAGAAUUACAGACGUGGAUUGUAUACCAGAGAAUUGCUGCCGAAUGUGCAAAUUGUUUGUUUAUGACCGAUAAUGCCUUUAAAGCGAAAGACAUUGGUCUGCGAGCGCAGAAGAAGAUCCUGUCUCGCAUGGCCACCAAAAAUGUGGCCAAAGUGUUCAUCGAUGGCACAACAGCAUCCCUGCUGGACAACGUUUACCGGUUAGCGAAGACACAUACCGGUAGCAAGAAGGACGCCGAGCGACUAGUCAAAAAUGUCAUCAAAAUCGUGAUCAAAAUUGCCGUCCUGCACCGCAACAACCAAUUCAACGCCGACGAGCUCAAGCUGGCGGACAAGUUCCGCGCCAAGUUCCAAACGCUCCAGAUGGCCAUCAUUUCGUUCUACGAGGUGGAGUACAGUUUCGAUUUGAACUAUCUGCUCAAGUCGCUGCAGGGAGUGCAAACACUGCUGAAGAGCUGCGUCGAGCGCCACCUGACGGACAAAUCCAUCGGUCGUAUCGACGAAGUGUUUGCUUUCUUCAGUGAUCCGAGCUUGCUGGAAAUGGCGUUCCGACAGGAGUCGCCCUACCGGGAACUGAUGGAUAAAAUUAUUGCCGAUCUGAACAAGGCAAUGGAAAAUGGAGAUAUUUAAUAGCACUGAGUUUUUUUGGCAUAUCAUUCCGAGCUUCUUAGAGGAUUUAAGGUAGACGUAGUGUUUUCUAAAGUAAUUAUUGUGAUUGUGAACUUAGGUUAUUGUAUCUUGUUGGCUGAUAAUUUAUAUAUUUUUUUACUGUUCAACUAGUUAUUUAGCUUUGCAAAGCUUUGGUCCCCUUUGAGGAUAAACAAGCCAUCCUGGAACAAAGAGUGAACUCUUCAACUUACUGUACUAAAUUAAGCGAAUCGUUAUAUAUAGUGCAUAUGUAAACGCUGCUAACAGAUAUCUAUCUAGUGACGAAUAGUUUAAAGUCAGCAAAAUGCUAAGACUUAAUAGUAUUAGCUGUAUUACUUUACCAGUAAGCAUACAAAGCUAGAUACCACUCAAAGAAAGUAUUAGUCAUUACUGUAUUAUUGAAAAAACAAAACAUUAUUCUUAACCAAUUGUGACUUUGUAUGAAUUGCCACAUUGUAUGCCCUAUCUCAUGUGGUCUGGCUUAGUUCUAACAUCAAGAAUUGAUGUAUAUCAUGAACGGGACAAACAAUUGUAUUAGCAUUAGUGAGCAUAUUUAUAUACUGAAAGUUGCACCACAAAAAGUGAGGAUGAAUGAAUCUUAUGAAAAAUGUGGCUCUGUGUCGGUCGACGGCUGGCAUAAGUCUGCCUAUAAUUUGAUGUGAUUUUAUCGGUAAAAUCUGCGAUUUUACGGAAUAGGUACCGUCUUAUCGGAAUAGUUCAAUAAUUCUUGAUUAAAAAAUUUCAAAUAAUAGUCCCGCCCCGUCAAAAUCUCCUGGGGCAUGUAACUGUUUUGCGAAUAGUGACAGCGCAGGAUAGCCAUCAAUCAGAUUGAUUUCAAAUGUAUCCUAUUGUUUCAAUAAACUAUGUGCUCCAUAUUGAGAUACUCGAAAUAUUGAAGCAGUCAGAGUUAUCUGUAAUCAGAAGAGUUAAACAGAAUGCUACGUAAUUGACGGAAAGUGUAAUCCGAUUUAAAAAAUAUGCCAAGCAUUGGAUUGCUUUCUGUAGUGACAAAUUUUUAAAUUGGGCCCGUCACGGCAUCUUAGACGGAGCAUUCUGUUUGACCCUUUACUUUGAGAGAGUGCCUAAGAAUUUAUGAAAAGAGGUUCAAUAUUUGCAGAUAGAAUAAUCGGUAAUAAUAAUACUGGAUGGACCAGAAAAACUAUCGCUAUGGAGAAGUUCAUCUAACAACACAUUAUAGCAUGUCCAGUUCAGUUAAUGAGUAAUUAAAUUAGACACUACUAAAUAAGAAACAAUCGAACUAUCUAAGUCAUGUGGGAUAUUACCCUCUUACGCACCGAAAAAGUAACUCAUAUCAAGAUGUCUAAUAAAUUGUAUUUUUAAAAACCAGAAUAAACAUCACUGCUAUUCUGCACACGUACUUAAACAUUUAAAACGAUGCUCAGUCGUCUCUGCAAGAGGUCCAAAAGCUAGCCAGAACAAAACGUCAGGAUAGUCCGUGUAAAGAGAAUGGAAACACCGGAACCCGAAUAUAAAACCGACAUCGGGCUGGACUCAGCAUAUACAGGACAUGUUUGACCACUAUUUUUAUACAGCAAUAGCUUUUGUUCAAGAUAAAAAACUACCAAGAUGAGAAAUGAAGCACACUCACACACAAAACAGGACCAGUCUUUCCGCUAUACUUGACAAAAAAGUAUUUACACAUUAAUAUAUAGACUAUGGUAUCAAACAUAGAUAAUAUUCAUAGCAAAGGUUCAACUAGUAGAGUUGAAAAAAUUGAGAUGAUUCUGUAUGUAUACUCAUGAAUAGGAACGUAUAGCAAGAAUCCGGGAAAAGAGUUAAAUUAUAACAAGCUUAAAUAUUGGUGCCCGUUUUGAAAACCAGAAAUGAGCCUUGUUUUGUAUUUAAGGUAUUAUAAAAAAAGAUUGUAUGAAUAAAUCGGAUGUCCAGAAACGAUUACGAUUAGUUGAUAUUUGAACAUGGAUGGAUAUUUUGGUUGAAAUGAAAUAAAGUCGAUAUGAGUUGAAAAGGACA